CUCAGAUGCACUGAAUGCAGCUGUGGGAGCCGUUGAGUGGGCCUAGGGUUAGGGUUCAAAACGUUUUGCGUAUAAAAUUGACCAAGUCAAGUUUGCCCACAUCGCGCCAAUGGUCUAGUGGUAUGAUUCACCCUUAGGGUGGGUGAGGUCCCAGGUUCAAUUCCUGGUUGGCGCCCCCAAUUUUUGCCAGCCUUUUUUCGAGCUGAUUAUCAAUCCUCGUCAUAGCCAUAGACCAGAUCAGCUACAGACACGCCUCAGCUAUGGCAAAGCUUUGAGCAACUUAUAAUCUUCCGUGCCCUAGACACGUAGCCUCCUUUGUCUUCCGAGGUUGCUCGAUAAAUUCGCGAAUUUUGCAUUUCAAAGAAACGCGCCAAAAGUUCCCUCACAAGGUCGACCGCGGCCAUCCAAUUGUCUAUGGCAUCUUUGAGGGAGCUCCUUGGUGCUUCUCUCAGCCCCGAUCAACAGCAAAGGGAAGCCGCCGAGCAGAAUCUGCAAGGCGUCUCAUUGCUGACACUUGCACAGUUCCUUGAAUCCGAAGGCGAUGCGGCACUCCGACAGACUGCACUAGUCCUUUUGAAGAAUGGUGUGGUCAAGCACUGGUCACCUACCUUUCCCGAGUUCUGCGAGCCUCUUUGCCCGGAUCAAGACAGACCUACCAUUCGGCACCUGGUUUUCAAGCUCGUUGGCGAUUCAGAACGGUCCAUUCGGCUUCAAGCAGGGUACAUUACGAGCAGGAUAGUGGCAUCGGAUUACCCAGAUGAAUGGGCAACCGUCUUGGACGAUUUGCUACGAAUCCUUCAGAAGCCUCCAUCAGAGGCAUGGCUGCAUGGUGCAUUGGUGGUGAUGAAGGACUUUGUUGAGGAUAGCAUGAGCGAAGAACAGUUUCUACCCAUUGCCCAGAAUCUGGUGGAAUACCUCUUGGCAAUCGCUAGCGAAAGCAACCAUCCUAGCGGCGUUCGUGCACAAGCGAUUCACGUUUUCAUUUCAUGCCUGGAUGCGCUUGAAAUGCUCUCAUCGACACGUCGCGAGGGAAUUCGUGUCUUUGUGCAGCAUGCACUGCCUCCUUGGCUUGAGCUGAUUGCCAGUAUCGUUGCUAGCAAGAGUGAUGAAGAGCUCAAAAGUGCUGCCAUCGAGACCAUCAGCAAAAUGCGCAUUCUAUUCCCAGCGCCACUCGCACAAUACAUGCCGGCUAUCUUUGUGCCCAUCUAUGCUUCGCUGAAUGCAGCCGAUCCUUUCGAAGAGUCAGCACUGGUCCAGCAGCAAGUUGAAUUCUUGAGGAAAGCUGUGCAGGCACGCAUUAUACAGGAAGACACUCUGUCCAUCCAAGCAAGUUUCGAGGGAUGUAUUGCGCUUGCCCUCAAGUUUGCUCAAAUAACACCGACAAUGGAAGAGGAAUGGCAAUCAGACUUGGACGGUUUCGUGGAAGACUUGGAUGAGACGUCAUUCAGCACACGCAGAUUGUGCACAGAUCUACUGGAAGAUUUAUCAGAGCUACAUCCAGAGUGGCUCAAUCAAACCCUUGAGUCUGCUAUCAGACACUAUCUUGAAGCAUCGGCAAGCGAGCAUCUCUGGCGGCAACAGGAAGCGCUCAUCUUCUGCCUAAUCACCAUGGUGCACCGCAGCGACAAUGCCAAUAUGCUACUCGAGAAAGCCUUGCAAGCUGAGAAUCCCUUUUUGCGCGCACGCAGUGCCAUCUACGCCGCGCAAAUAGGUGUGGCGUCAUGCCUGCCUCUGGUCCUAGCGAUGCUCGAGUCAGACUCUAUUUUGGCUCGUUUGUGUGCCAUCAAGGCCAUGAGCAAGUUUGCAGAUUCAAGCGACCAAGUCAAGGUGGAUCAAGCCGCGAUUCUGAAGCGCAUGACUGCCAAGCUUGAUUCAUUGCCGGCUUCGUCUUUGCUCAUGGUUGCUGAAGCUGUUGCACCCAUUGUGCAAUUGGAGCCUUCUGUGGUCUUGCGCGAGACAACCAUCCUGCCAAGUUUCUUCACUUUGCUUGGAGGCAAUCCUGGUGACAUAUCGCUUGUGGCUCAGGUUGUGGACAUCUUCGAGUCGCUUGCCAGUUCCGUUGAUUUUGCUCAACUGUGCUCUGUUGUAUUGCCCAUCUUGUUCAACACCAUCAGCAAUGAGCCUGCACUGCGCUCGAUCGCGCUUGAUAUCCUCAGUGGCAUGAUUGAAGGCUCAGAACAGCUCCCGGAUGGCUUUGUCACUGCAAUUUGGCCAGUCUUUACCAUUUCGCUUGAAGUUGAAGAGCUGCAAACAGCGCACGAGAUUUUGAGAAACUUGGUUAAAAAGGCAUGGCCACAGAUUGUCGCUGGAAACCAUGUGCAAGACUUGUUGUCAGUCAUUGGUACUGCGUUUGAGGGGGAUGAGAGCACAUCAUUCUAUGUGCCGCAACUCGUCAUUUCGCUCAUCAGACAAGCUGGUGCAUCCCUCAAUGACAUUCUCCCGGAGCUGCUAAAGAUCAUCUCGCAGAAAUUGCAAGUACCAGGCCUCUCUAGUGCUUACCAACAGAACCUUAUCUCAGUUUUUGCGGUCAUUGCGUGCACACAAGCAGCAUCACUGGUUGACUUCUUGGUGCAGAUGCAAGCACUUCAGGUGGUCAUGUCGACGUGGUGCGAAGUCUUUCCAGAUUUCCAUGGCUACAGCGCGAUUCGAUCAAGCGUGGUAGGCCUGUGCGAGAUGUACAAGGUCCAUGCUGCUGCGCCAUCACCCCUUGAUGACAUUCUAGUCAAGGGAGAUCUCAUCUCGGAUAGCUCUGGCAAGAUUGUGACGCGUUCUCGCGCUAGAACACAUCCUGAGCAGUACACACAAGUGCCUGUUGCCGUCAAAAUCCUCAAACUCUUGGUUGCUGAGCUUGUCAACGAGAACGAAGGCUUGCGUGAAGAUGAGGAGGUGGUCUCGGAUGAUGAGUGGGAUACUGAUCUCGACAAAGUGCUGGAGGAGGCACAGCUGAAUGAAGCUGAACUGCAACGACUUGAUGAGGAUUCUGAAGAUCCGCUGAGCACAAUCAACACGCGCGAGUACAUCACCAACUUCAUUGGGUAUCUGAGUAGCAGCGGUGAUCGCGUACGUGCCGACACCCAGGCCCUCGCCUCGUCCGAACAACAGGCGCUUGCUAGCAUUUUGUCAUAGGCGUCUCAUCAGUCUAGCGUAACACCACCGGAUGAUCCCAAUGAGCCUGCCUCUUUGCGCACGAUCUGAACGCCAGACAAGGCACCUGUGCGGAUUUCUUGCUCAUGUGCUACCAAGACACUCGCUUCGAUGUUUUCCAGCAUU